AUGUGCAGCUUUAAUACACUUAGACUGUACCUUUGGGAGACGAUUGUAUUCUUCAGUCUGGCUGCUUCCAAGGAAGCGGAGGCUGCAGCCCGCUCUGCACCCAAGCCUAUGUCUCCCUCGGAUUUUCUGGAUAAGCUGAUGGGGAGAACCUCAGGAUAUGAUGCCAGGAUCAGACCUAAUUUUAAAGGUCCCCCAGUCAAUGUGAGCUGCAACAUUUUCAUCAACAGUUUUGGUUCCAUUGCUGAAACAACUAUGGAUUAUAGGGUCAACAUCUUCUUGCGUCAGCAGUGGAAUGACCCUCGAUUGGCCUACAAUGAGUACCCAGAUGAUUCCCUGGAUCUGGACCCAUCCAUGUUGGACUCCAUCUGGAAGCCAGACUUGUUCUUUGCCAAUGAGAAGGGAGCCCAUUUCCAUGAGAUUACCACUGACAACAAGCUCCUGCGCAUCUCCAGGAAUGGCAAUGUUCUCUACAGUAUCAGGAUUACACUGACUCUAGCCUGUCCCAUGGAUUUGAAGAAUUUUCCCAUGGAUGUCCAGACAUGCAUUAUGCAACUGGAGAGCUUUGGCUACACCAUGAAUGACCUCAUCUUCCAGUGGCAAGAACAAGGUGCAGUGCAAGUGGCUGAUGACUUAACUCUGCCUCAGUUUAUCCUCAAAGAAGAAAAGGAUUUGCGAUACUGCACUAAACAUUAUAACACAGGCAAAUUCACUUGCAUAGAGGCUCGCUUCCACUUAGAACGGCAGAUGGGCUACUAUCUGAUCCAAAUGUACAUCCCCAGCCUGCUCAUCGUCAUCCUUUCCUGGAUCUCCUUCUGGAUCAACAUGGAUGCUGCACCUGCUCGGGUGGGAUUGGGUAUCACCACAGUGCUCACCAUGACCACUCAGAGCUCUGGCUCUAGAGCAUCUUUACCUAAGGUCUCCUAUGUGAAAGCCAUUGACAUUUGGAUGGCCGUGUGUCUGCUCUUCGUGUUCUCAGCACUGUUGGAAUAUGCUGCUGUCAACUUUGUGUCUCGGCAGCACAAAGAGCUACUCAGGUUCAGGAGGAAAAGGAGACACCACAAGAGCCCUAUGCUGAAUCUGUUUCAGGAGGAUGAAGCCGGGGAGGGGAGGUUCAAUUUCUCUGCUUACGGGAUGGGCCCAGCCUGUCUACAGGCCAAGGAUGGCAUCUCCGUCAAGGGAGCCAACAACAACAACACGGGCAACCCUCCACCACCACCUUCCAAGUCCCCAGAGGAAAUGCGCAAGCUUUUCAUCCAAAGGGCCAAGAAGAUUGACAAGAUGUCCCGGAUUGGCUUCCCCAUGGCCUUCCUCAUCUUCAAUAUUUUCUAUUGGAUCAUCUACAAGAUUGUCCGCAGGGAGGAUGUCCACAACCAGUGAGGGGAAGGGCUGUGAAAGCUCGGGUUGUAGGGGCAGGGAGAGCACGGCACAAGGAGAAAAGACCCAAGGGAAGCAGAGGGAGAGGAAGGGCUCUCCCAGAACAUGUGCAAUAGCAAUGCAGAAAUGCAUGAAUUUCCGAA